AUGACCACGAGCGACUUUGGGCUCCCGCCACCAGAAACGUAUCCGUACGACCUGGGGACGUACUCGCUCAAGGUGAAGACCACGUCCGCCGCAGCCCAGAAAUGGUUCGACCGUGGCCUGAAUUGGACCUACGGGUUUCACCACCUCGAAGCCGAGCGGUGUUUCCGGUACGCUAUCCACUGUGACCCGACCUUGGCCAUGGCCUACUGGGGUCUCUCGUAUGCCAUGGGGCCAAAUUAUAACAAGUGGUGGGCAAUGUUCACGCCCGACGAGCUGGCUGAGGCACUCCCCAUCGCCCAUGAUGCUGCGGCGCACGCAUCCAAACUCGCUAAGGAUCCAGUUGAGAAGGCCCUCUGCGUCGCCCUCACCACCCGCUUCCCCUCCCCCAGUGGGACGGCGAAAGACUUUCCCUCCUGGAACCAGGCGUAUAUCGCCGCCAUGGCUAAUGUCUACGAGCAGUUUGGGGAUCACCUCGACAUUGCGGUCGUAUACGCAGACGCUAUGAUGGCCAUUGCGCCAUGGGAGCUCUGGGAUCUCCAGACAGGCGCGCCGCGAGAGGACUCACAGACGCUCAGGAUCAAAGAGGUCUUGGACAGCGCUCUGGCAGCUGAGGGCGGCAUGACCCACCCCGGCGUACUGCACAAGUACAUUCAUCUUAUGGAGCUCUCUCCCACCCCCGAAGCAGCCUUACCCGCCUCCGAUGCGUUGCGCGACCUAGUCCCCGACGCCGGACACCUCCGCCACAUGCCUGGCCACAUCGACCUCCUAAUCGGCGACUAUGCGCGCGUAAUCACCGGCGCCGACGACGCCAUGGCCGCCGACGACAAGUAUAUGGUACAUGGCGACCCGAGGGACUUUUACCAGUUCUACACGUUGCAUAAUGCCAGUUUCACGGUGUAUGCGGGCAUGUUUGCUGGCCGCCUGCAGCCCGCUUUAAAGGCGUGCGACAGAAUGGAAUACUGGCUCCCAGACGACUUUAUGCGUACUCCCAACCCGCCCAUCGCGGACUGGUUGGAGGGAUUCCUCACUUUCCGCGUCCAUAUCUUGGUGCGGUUCGGGCGCUGGGCCGAUCUUCUGUCAUAUCCAUUCCCCGAGGAUCGGGCGUUCUACUCGGUCACAACUACGACGAUACACUACGGCCGCGCGAUUGCUCUCGCCCUCACCGACCGAUUGGAUGAAGCCCGGGCUGAGCGGCAAGAGUUUAGGGCCGCGCGUAAGAGAAUCCAGCCCGGUCGCCAGGCGGUACCCAACGAAUGGUCCGAUAUCUUUGAUGUCGGAGAGGAGAUGCUGAGUGGCGAGAUUGAGUAUCGCUCUGGUAAUGUUGAGGUGGGCUUUGCCCAUCUCCGCAAAUCUAUCCAACUCUGCGAUAACCUGAUCUACGCCGAGCCGUGGGGAUGGAUGCAACCUCCACGGCACGCGUACGGCGCCCUCCUCCUCGAACAGGGCCGGGUUGACGAGGCCGCAAUCGCGUAUGCUGAGGAUCUAGGGUUCGUCACUACCCUCCCCCGCGCCCUCCGACACCCGAAUAAUGUCUGGGCGCUACACGGAUACCAUGAGUGUCUGGUCAAGCUGGGACGGACGGAAGAGGCGAGAAAGAUCAAGCGCGAUUUGGACCUCGCGCUCGCUGGGGCGGACGUCAAGAUCGAGAGCUCGUGUCUCUGCCGCCGGGUCAAGCAGUGUUGCUAA